AUGGGCUCCGAAAUUGCUUCCGACAUCUCAACACUUGGCGAAUCAUACGACAAAGUCAAAGGCGAUGAGGAACAUAUUCUCUUACUGCCAGGAGACAGACAGCUAGCCUAUGCUCACAACGGGCCUUCAAAGUCGCGAACCGUUAUCCUGUUCUUUACGGGCAUCAUGAGCGUAGGGACCGCAGCCAACGUCUCCGAGCCCUGCAGAGAGAUUCGAGCCCACUGGAUCUCACCAACGCUGCCGGGCAUGGGAAACACAAGCACUCGCGACCUCUCUGUGCCUUACCAUGUCUCUCUGGCCAGAGACAUGAAUGCGCUGCUCAACCACCUCUACCCAACUGCCGAUUUCGACACUCUCUAUGUAGCGGGAGGGUCAUAUGGCACUGUGCCGGCGCAAAUGCUGUACGGAGCGCCAUAUGAUCUCUUUCCAUCCGGUCGCAAGAUUGCUGCAUGUCUCCUGCUCAGUGGCUUUUCUCCUCUAAAGCAUCACGUUGGAUAUGCAAAGAAAGUCAAUUGGCACAAUUGGUUUUCCAUCGGGCCACCCACAAGAGUUGUUCCGUUCCAUUUACUGCAGCGUCUGUUCAAGAUUGCCAUCGGAUCAAAGCUACACUCUCUCGACGGCGCAAGAGAAUUCCUCAAGCAGACGCUAUUCAACAACAUGGACCUUGAGGAGAAGCAACUGUUUCAUGAAUGGCUGGCCAAAAAUGAAUUCACAGAAUCUCAGUUUAUCGACCGAAUGGCUCGCGGCACAAUCAAAAGCUGCACCAACUGGGACGGCUUUAUGGAGGUUUCCGAUGUCAUCCACUCCGACUGGGGGUUUGACCCGCGGACUCUGGAUGCCGAGCAUGCUUCCAAGCCCAUGCUGGUGGUUGGAUCCAAGAGUGACUACAUGGGAGGGGGCACCAAUGAUUGGCUUGUGGACAACUAUAGAUCCGCAACACUCAAAUUGGUGCCUGGGGGCCAUUUAUCGUCGCUGUUUUUCAUGGAUGAGUUGUGGAAAGAGUUGAUUGCCAUGGCACACUGCAAGUGA